AUGUUGCUGCUAUUGAUGUUCCUGUUUCUAAUACCUCCACUUUCUGAUACCUCUAAUACCAUGAGGUGCCCUGUGAAUGACCCUAUUCAUGUUCCACAUGAGUGGUACCAGCCAGGGGACCUCAUCAUUGGUGGAAUUACUUCUCAUAUCUAUUAUAUUUUCUAUGAAGCUUUCUUCAAAGAACACCCCAAACAGAACCUGUUCGAUAUUUCAUAUGCGGUGACAAAAUUUUACCAACAUGUCCUUGCCCUGGCAUUUGCUGUGAAAGAAAUCAAUAAGAACCCCAACAUUUUGCACAAUGUCACACUUGGCUUCCACAUCUAUGACAGCUAUUUUGAUGCAAGGAUGACCUACCGCACUACAUUAGACCUCCUCUUCAAAAUGGGUAGAUUCAUCCCCAACUAUAAAUGUGACACCCAGAAAACCCUCAUAUCCAUCAUUGGGGGACUUGGCACUGAUACUUCCUUCCAUAUGGUAGACAUAUUAGGUCUCUACAAGAUUCCCCAGCUGGCAUAUGGUUCCUUUCCUCCAGAGGAGAGUGACACAAGUCAAUUCCCAUCCUUUUAUCGCAUGGUGCCCAAUGAAGCCCACCAGUACACAGGGAUUAUCCGUUUGCUUAAGCAUUUUGGUUGGACAUGGGUUGGGCUCUUUGCUCCUAAUGAUAACAGUGGAGAAUAUUUCUUCAAGACCCUAGAGCCAUUGCUUUCUCAAAAUGGAAUUUGUUCAGCUUUUACACAAAGAAUCACACAACAAAUCCAUCUUGAUAACCUGGAUGAGAUGGCAGAUGUAGCCGUCAAUAUGUAUAAGCCAUUCAGAGAUAACAAAGUCACUACAUAUAUUGUCUAUGGAGAAUCUCUAACUAUUUUAGCACUGAGACUUAUUAUAUUUUUGCGAGACCCAACCAAUAAGGAAAACGCAGGAUUAAAAAGGGUGUGGAUCUUGACAGCCCAGACUGAUUUCAUAGUAACAGGAAUUUGUAGGUUUCUGGAUUUUCAGCUUUUCCAAGGUGCCCUAUUGUUCACAGUUCAUUCACAAAAUCUACUAGUAUUCGGGAAAUUUCUUCAGAGCAUAAACCCUUCCUGGACACAGGCAGAAGGUUUUUUCAAAGUCUUCUGGGAGCAAGCAUUUGACUGUAUAUUUCCAAAUCCCAGUGCACCAAUGGACACCAAUGAAGUGUGUACUGGGGAGGAGAGCCUGGACAGUCUCCCAAGGUCUCUGUUUGAAAUGGAGCUCUCUGGCCAUAGUUACAGUAUCUACAAUGCUAUUUAUGUUGUGGCUCAUACAUUGAAUGCCAUUCAUUUGUCUACAUUGACACAGAGAGCAAGGGGGAGGCAUGGAAGAUUAAAACUUCAAAAUCUGCAGCCUUGGCAGCUGCACCAUUUUCUUCCUGACAUUUCCUUUAACAACUCAGCUGGAGAAAAAGUGUCCUUUACUAAUAAAAGAGAAAUGGGAGGUGGAUUUGACAUCAUGAACAUGGUCACCUUCCCAAACAAGUCUUACCUUCGACUGAAGGUGGGAUGGGUGGAUCCCAAUGCUCCCAACAGAGAAGAAUUCACCAUUCAUGAGGACAUGAUAAUAUGGAACAAAGGUUUUAAUGAGGUGCUGCCCAUUUCUGUGUGCAAUGACUACUGCCACCCUGGCAAUCAGAAGAAGAGGAAAGAAGGGCAAAAAUUUUGUUGCUACGAUUGUACUCCAUGUCCAGAAGGGAAGAUUUCAGACCAAAAUGAUAUGGAUGACUGUGUCAGAUGCCCAGCCGAUCAGUAUCCAAACACGCACAAAAAUGGAUGCGUCCAAAAAAAAAUCAGCUUUCUUUCUUAUGAGGAGCCUUUAGGAAUCUGCCUGGCCUCACUUGCUCUUUCAUUUUCAAUACUCACAACGUUAGUGAUAGGAACUUUUAUUAAAUACAAAGAUACUCCCAUUGUCAAAGCUAACAACAGGGAUCUCACCUACGCUCUCCUUAUUGCACUCCUACUCUGCUUCCUCUCGUCAUUUCUGUUCAUCGGACACCCUGGCAAAGUGACCUGCCUUCUUCGCCAACCAAUGUUUGGCACCGUCUUCUCAUUGGCUGUUUCAUCUGUGUUGGCCAAAACUCUCACUGUAGUUGUAGCUUUCAUGGCUAGCAAGCCAGGGUCCAGUAUGAGGAAGUGGGUAGGAAAGCAUCUGGCCUAUGCCAUUGUCCUUUCCUGCUCUCUUACUCAAGCAAGUAUUUGUACUGUGUGGUUGAUGACCUCUCCCCCAUUCCCCCAACUACAUAUGCACUUGGUAACAGAAGAAACCAUUGUGCAGUGCAAUGAAGGCUCUGUGACUAUGUUUUAUUGUGUCCUGGGCUAUAUGGGUCUACUGGCCAUUGCCAGCUUCAUUGUGGCAUUUGCAGCCCGCAAAUUACCGGACAGCUUUAAUGAAGCCAAAUUCAUAACCUUCAGCAUGUUGCUGUUUUGCAGUGUUUGGCUGUCUUUUGUUCCAACAUACCUGAGCACCAAAGGGAAAUCCAUGGUGGUGGUGGAGAUCUUCUCCAUCUUGUCUUCCAGUGCUGGAUUGUUGGGCUGCAUCUUUGCCCCUAAAUUUUACAUCAUUGUCCUGAGGCCUGAGCUGAACAAUAGGGAGCAAAUAAUGAGAAAGAACUGA